AUGAACAGUGAGGAAUUUAAUGCAGCUCUGCAACAGAUCUCAUUAUAUUUGCUGGGAGACUCCUCCCCACCCACUACACCCUCUGCUGACAUUAACCCAGGUCUUAAAGAAACUUUAAUCUCAGCAGAUGGCGGAGAACAGAUUCCUGACAAUUUGGAAAAAGGCGGCAACAUACAAACUGCAAAUAACAAACAUUACAUAGGAGUGCGGCGCCGCCCUUGGGGAAAAUUUGCUGCAGAGAUCAGGGAUUCCAACAAGCAGGGGGCUCGCGUUUGGCUCGGUACUUUUGACACUGCAGAGGCGGCUGCUCUCGCAUAUGACUCUGCCGCUUUCGGAAUGAGAGGCGCAAAUGCUAGGCUAAACUUUCCUCUCAAUGUUUCAUCCUACCUGGAGUUGGGCUCAGUGUGUGUUCACAUGCACCGCAAAAAGAGAGGUCUACAGGGAAAGGAAUUGGAUGUAAAAAUGCCGCCAGCAACGAAGAUUAAGAGAACAGCAAUACAGCACGGCAAUUCAUCAAGAAGCAACAAAACAGAAAAAACAGAAACCAUUCUUACAUAA